CAAAUCAUCACCAAACGCAAGCAGCACAACAGCAGCCAUCUUUCAUUAACCCCACAGUUCCCCCUGGCUACAGCUACGGAGGAUUCCCAUUUUAUCCAGCAGGAUUGGCAGGCCCAGUCCCAGGUCUACAGUACACGCCAGCAGCGGCUAUGUUCCCCGCUAUGAACAAUAUGAUUCCCCAAGCAACAAGGUCACAAUCAGGAACAACACCACAUACAGGCUUUCAGCAACACAAUACAUAUGGCCAACACAACUCCCAUACAACAUUUGCAACAGGGUAUGAUGAUCUGCCUGGUACACAAGAUUUUAAGACUGGGUACGGUGGAGUGUCACAAACACAAAGCAAAAACACAGUUGGCAGAAGCUCAGUUGUCACAUCAUCCUCUGGACCAUCAGAUCUAACAGGUUCCUCAUAUACCAACAAGACGCAUACAGCAUUUGAUUCAAAGAGUUUCCAUGGUACUCCGCCGCCAUUCAAUAUCCCACUUGCCGGAGCCGGCCAAGGAGGACACAUUAAUCCACCUUAUGCCCACACCCACAGCCCCUUUGUACCAAUGAUGCAGCAAGCUCACAUGUUGCCGCAUCAGAUGCACGGUGACGGGCAAGGUGGAUCGACACAGCGUUCGCAGACGUCUGCCACUCAAGGGAACAAAGGAACGUAUGGAAACAAAGGAACAUAUGGUUGGGGAAGUUAAAUUUGCAAUCAAUUAUUGGGGAUUUAUUUGUGCAUCCCAUAGAAUGCUUUUGAAAAAUAUGUAAAAAUGUGGUUCUUGGCUCUGUAGAGAACUUUUAUUGUUCGCUAGGUUUUUCCAUCCUUCUUUGUAUCAAUGUACAAAUUGUAGUAUACAUCAUUCGUGCUGACAUGCGGUUGUGCCUAUGCUCGUUUAAAAUCCCUGGCUUGUCGGAUAAUUUUUUGUAUGUACGUAGUUUUUGAAAACAGAGUGUGUUUAUAUGUAAGUGGUUUUUCUGAAAGAAAUCAAGAUUUAACCAUGAUCGAAAGGCAUUUGCAAAAUACACAGAAAAAAACAAUAUUUUUCACACUUUGGAGUUUGGUGUCACACAAAAGGAAAUGUGUUUUGGGAUUCAGGUGGCUUUCCAUUUAAUGUAACCAUUGCAUCUGAAAACCAUUAGUCAUGUAAAUAUUUUAAUCAAAAUCAACCAAUGAAAUACUCCCACAAUUUUUUAUUACCGAGGUCAAGUUCUGCAGUGUCAUGCGAUAUCUUAUUUUAAGUGUGGUCUGAAAUACAGUAGUAGUGAAAGUAGUAGUUGUAUUUGUUUCAGUGCUACAGUGUGAAAAGAUUAUUGUUAAUAUUUUCUAAUUAAAUCCUAUAAAUUGUGUUAAAUACACUAAUACAUCAACACUUGGAAAUGAAAUCUCAAUUUUAAUUAAUUUUAUUUUUGAGUGUAAUUAAAAAAAGCAUCCUUCAAUAUAUAGUAGUUUGUUAUACUGUUUCCUUGUCUUGUAUCAUUUUCCCUAAAUAUGGUAGAUUUUUAUUUAUUUAUGAUGUUGUUCAAAAGAAAUAUUGUACAAAAAAAAUAACAAGAUAAAUUAAUACACAACAUAAUAUUUCUCUUUCAAAGGAAGAAAUUUUUAUUAAAUGUUAAGUGUAAGGUGCUAAGGUUAUCUUCAUAGCCUGAACGUUUUAGAUAAUGUCUGCAGAUUUGUUUACAUGGACAAAUUAAAGUUUAUAAAGUUUAAAAACACUUUAAACAGCAUGAUUUCAUAAAUGUUCUUGUAGUAUACAAUCACAGAAGCAAUACACAUGUGUUGCCACUUUUAUUUUGUCAACACCUGUGUUGUGUGGAUGUCUGCAUUAUCUCAACACCUGUAUUUAAAUUAAACCUGUAUUUUUAAUAUAACCUUGGCUUUUCCACCUUUUGUUGUUUCUUACCGCAUGUGUUUUGUUGACACCAGUGUCUUGUAGGCAUCUGUAAAUUACUGUUGCAUUAUUAUAUUAAUUUAUCUGGUGCUUGAUAAAUAUAGAUUUAUAUAUCUCGCCACAAUCCAAACAACAUAUUUUGUUAUCUGUCCAGCUUUGGCAGACGAGCCACCAAUAUAGCACAGUUUUGCCCAAUAUUUAAUUAUCCAGAUUAAUUUUAAAAUGGUGAUAGUAACUAUAUUAUAUUUUAUUAAUAGUUAUUUCUAUCAUUUUUAUUUCAAUGCACUAUUUUCUUUCUAAAUUAUUGCAUAAAAGUGGUUUAUCUUGCAUGAAUUGUCAUAGUUUAAAGAUUUUCAUUUAACAAAUGCAUGUUAACUGCUUGUAAAAUGAAUUUAGCUAUUGUGAUGGGAUUGUCAGGAAAGCAACCUCAACCAAACUGAAUCUGGUAUUAGAUUGAAAUUUUCAUUUUAAUAUGAUGAUGACGCCAUUUAUCAUUAUCAAUUUUCAGUCUUGUGAAUACUGUAUAUGUAUGUAACACUAGCCUUUAAAUAGAUAUGAAUGUUUGAACGUAAAUUUUAUGAAAAAAAAAAAAGGAAACAGUGCAAGUUACCUGCAUCAGGUUUCAUAUCUUUUCUUUUUUGUCACCUAUGUAAAUUAUCUAUUUGCAUAUAUGUAAAAUACCCUAUUUGCAUAUUGUAAAUUAUAUUGAACACUGUUAGGAAAUGCAUAUCCUUGAAUUUAGUAUCCAGUAGACAUGCAUUUUUUUGUUAGUCAAUCUUUGUAUUUAUUUCUUUAAAAUUACUUAAUUAUACUAUUUGACGCGUACGAGAUUAAACAGGAUCUGUAAUGAUGGUUUGUCCAAAAAAAAGAAAAAGCAGUUUAUGAA